CACAUAGUGUAGGUCACACCACAGAGAGAGGUCAGCUGUACAGUAGUAGAACUAGGAACUCAACAGUAGUACUGUAUUAGAAUACAGGCUGAGAGAAACAGGCACAGAAACAUCCCAAAAAAGCAAAGGAACCAAGGAGAGACGGAGGAAAUAAAAGAAGACAAGUCCUACACAUCUCUCCACAUCUCCCACGGGUCUCUCCUGGUGUAGCUGGAUCCUAUAGCCCACCAACAUGGCAACCCUGAAGGAGAAGAGGACGUGUGGCCAGCGGUGUGAGGACUUCGGUCGCUUCGUGUGGAACUCAGACACUGGUGCCAUGUUCGGAAGAACACCUGAGAAAUGGGUGUACAUCAGUCUGUACUAUGUAGCGUUCUAUGUGAUAAUGACUGGCCUGUUCUGUCUGGCCAUCUGGACUCUGAUGUACACCCUGGACCCCUACACUCCAGACUACCAGGACCGCUUAACAUCACCAGGGGUGAUGGUCUGGCCACCUACAUACAUUGAGGAGGACGUAAUACUCAGCUACAACUUGUCUGAUAAAACCAGCCAGAGGAAGAUGUCCAACUGCCUCAGCAACUUCCUCAAACCCUACAACGACACGUCUCAACAGUCUAACCAUAACUGCACCAGAGGAGAGUACUUUAAACAGGAGAAGUUUGAGGCUCCACACCAUACCAAGUACUCCUGCCGCUUCACCCAGAGCAUGCUGGGACGCUGCUCCGGCCUGGACGACCCGACGUUCGGCUACAACGGCACCACGCCCUGCGUCAUCAUCAAGAUGAACAGGAUCAUCAACUUCCUGCCCAACAACGGGACUGGCAUGGCUCCUCAUUUGAACUGCACUAUACUGAGUGGCCAUGAGAACAUAGACAUGAUGGAGUACUUCCCCACCAACGGAACCUUCGACCUGUCCUACUUCCCAUACUACGGCAAGCUGGCUCAGCCCACCUACGUUAACCCUCUAGUGGCUGUGAAGUUCCACCUGGUCAAAGAGAGGGAGGCCAAGAUCCAGUGUCGUGUGGUGGCCCACAACAUCGCCUAUCAAGACUCAUACGAACCAUACCAGGGGAAGGUGGUCUUCCUGCUCAAGGCUCUGAAAUAAUAUAUUUUACUAGACAAGCCGGCUAUCCAACCAUCUAGGUCCUAAACAUGGUCAGAGCCAUAGAGCUGGAUAGUGUUCCUCAUCUUUGCAAUUAGGACUUUUGUGACAGAAUGGGGAAUGCAGUUGAGGGCUUUCUCCAUUUUAAAGUAGUCUGUGGGAAGAUAUCUUCACCAUUUCGUCAAUAAGUAUGUCCUUAACCCAUCGACGUUCCCACCCAGUUCUAUCCAUCUAUCCUCGUCUAUGAUCCCAACCAAGGCAAUCUGGUAGCCCGUGAAAAAGGAGUCUCACACUAGCUCAUCAACAACAACCUAAUAACCAGCUGUCUUCUUCAGGGUGAUGAUGGUAAUUCAGUUAUUGCCUCUGAGGUCCUAGAGGGUGUGGCUCUCCCCUUUCUUCUUCCUCCUAGUGUCCUACUCUGCCAGCACCUCACCUGAACAGGUGUGUUUUUCCACCUCCAGAUUUCACCUGGAAAUUCAACCAUCUCUGUCCAGACAGUGGUCGUUUUGCCUCCCUCUUUUAUAUAGCUUCUAGGAAGGGUAUUUAACGUAUAGUUAAGUGAGUGCUGCUUGUACAACCAAUACGUAACCUGUGCAUUGUAUCAUAAUGAAACCAUAAAUAUUAAACAUGUA